AUGCAUACCAUCGUUCCAACACUCAUCAGCCUGGGUUUUUCAAUCUUGGCAGCAGCUUCCGACGACGAUGUCGUCUCAUUCCCCGCUAUCGGAGAAGUCGACAUCGUAUUUCCACGAGAAGAUACAUACGCAGCAGAAGCACCAUUUCCUGUCAUCUUUGGACUCCAAAACGCACCAGUUUUGACCACCUUUAGCGGUACUCUCAACUGGGAGCUCGACUGCGCUUACACGCUAUUUGGCAUCGGUCGGCUCUACUUGGACUUCCUCCCCGACACAGAACCAUACUAUUUUCUCAAUACCAGUCAAGCCAUUGCCGACGCUGACGAAGACCAAUUCCAGUACUGGCGUGGCGAAGAGGACUCUUGCAUUCUGAAGUGGGAUUUUCGAUGGACAACUAUAUGUGAGCCGCGGUCUGAUGGCAGCGUUCUCUUGAAAAACAACCAAUUCCAACGUUCGGGAAACGUCACAUUCACUCUCCGCCCAGGCGCAAAGACAGCUAGGAAAGCCAUUGCCGAGUAUGAAGGGUGUGCCAUUGGGGGAACGUCAAUCAAGCUUGAAAAGAACCACACAGUUGGCUGUCCUAUUCUUUCGCAGGAUUCGUCGCCAAAACCAAAGCCUUGCGACCUUGACGUCAAGAAGGCCCGAAGUAGUCUUGCUGCAGCCGUUGUAAAGCCUACUACGAGCUUGACCGAGAUCCCCAGCAAGACUACGGACUCAGGGGUGACGGGCACCGGAGCAGAUAAUGUUUCUAAGCCGACGAGUACUAGUGGAAAGGCAGACGGAGGUAAUAGCAGCACCGAUAGUGAAAAUGUGGCAAGAGGUCACAGCGUCAGCGACAAUGGUGGACUCUUGACUUUCUUUGUCGCUCUAUCUGUUGGUAUUAUCCCUUCAUUAUUCUUGUAA